AUGAGGAAACAUUUGGAAAAGCUGGAAAAAGGAAAGUAUCCUGAUAAUGUAAAAAAGGUAAUUCAGGAGGAGAUAGAACGGUACGAAAUGAUGCCAGAAUUUGCUCGUCGGAAAUUAAAUGAGAAGCAUUAUGGAUUGUCAGAGAUAAAAGAAAAAAUCAUUGAGUAUUUAGCUGCUCAACAAAAAGCUAAUAAAUCUUUGGGGCAAGUUAUUUGUUUGGUGGGACCACCUGGAGUGGGAAAAACUUCACUAGUUGCCUCUAUUGCUGAAGCAACUGGACGGAAAUUUAUUAGCAUUUCGGUGGGGGGAGUUCGGGACGUGGCUGAAGUCCAAGGUCAUCGCCGUACUUAUAUUGGAGCAAUGCCAGGCCGAAUUAUCCAGGCCAUGAAAAAAUCCCAAGUGGUUAAUCCUUGUUUUUUAAUUGACGAAAUUGAUAAGUUUUCUUCUGAUUAUCGUGGUGAUCCAGCUUACGCACUAUUGGAGGCUCUUGACCCGAACCAAAACAAAAAGUUCAUUGAUAAUUAUCUAGGAGAAGAAGUUCCUUAUAACCUUUCAGAAGUAAUGUUUGUUUGUACUGCUAAUGAUGAAAGAGAAUUGCCAUUACCUUUGCUUGACAGAAUGGAAGUAGUUCGCCUUUCUUCCUACACCGAAAUUGAAAAGUUUCACAUUGCCAAAGAAUAUCUAAUUCCUGAAAGUUUAAAAAAGCAUAAUUUAAAUUCAGGGGAAAUAGUUUUUGAAGAUCAGGCUAUUCGGGACGUAAUAAAAUAUUAUACUCGCGAAGCUGGAGUGCGAGAACUAAACAGGAAAAUUCAAGUAAUUAUUCGUUAUGGAGGAGACAUUUUACCUGUUGAGGUAAAUUUGGUUUCUGGUAAGGGUGAAUUAGGAAGAUUAACUGGUAGUUUAGGGAAGGUAAUGAAAGAAUCCGUCGAGGUGGCUUUUAGUUAUGUUCAAUCUUAUUUAGAGGAAAAUAAAGAAAAUUUUAAAAAAGAACUAGCCUUGUUAGAAAAACGGGAUGUUAAUAUUCAUGCCCCGGAAGGAGCAGUAGAAAAAGAAGGGCCAAGUGCCGGUAUUGCUUUAACUACUGCUAUUCUUUCAGCUUUGACUAACCAAAAAGUUCCGGCUGACAUCGGGAUGACAGGAGAAAUUACUUCCAAAGGAAAAAUACUUGAAAUUGGUGGUUUAAAAGAAAAAGCAAUUGCGGCUUGUCGCAGCGAACUAAAAACGAUUAUAAUUCCUAAAUCUAACGAAAAGGAUAUUGAAGAUAUUCCCGAAGAAGUUCGCAGCGAACUAAAAAUUAUUACGGUUGAAGAAUAUAAAGAAGUUUGA